GUAAAUAAAAAGGAGGAAAUAGAAAGUAAAUAAAAAGGAGGAAAUAGGGGGAAAAAAAAAAAAAAAAAACACAGCGUUUUAUCUACUCUAGGUUACCCAUCGAAACAACCAAACCAGUAAAUUUGAAUUGAUCGGAGGUGCGAUCAAGUGUGUCCGAUAAGAAAUUGAUUCUUAGUAUCAUCGUCCAGUUGAUUCUCCACUGAUUAUAUAUAUAUAUAUAUGCAUAUAUAUUGAUGAUCAAGUGGGUUCAAAGGGAGUUUGUCCUUAGAUAGAUUAAAUCAGUUUUUGAACAAUUUGUUCCUGGGUUUUGUUUGGUUUUAGAAGUAUUUUGUUGGGUUGAAUCGUGGUUUUCGAUCAGAGUGAUAUGUUGGACUUCAGGGAAGUUGAUACAUUGGGGCUAGGGUUUUGGGGUUAAAGUCAGAAUUAGGGUUAGGGUUAGGGUUAGGGUUAUGGUUGGCUUUGGGGGUGAGAUGGAGGAAACAGAGCUCGAAGAAGGCGAGGCUUACAAGGACGAUACACGCAUUGAUCCUGACGUAGCUCUCUCUUACAUUGAUGAAAAACUUCAAAGUGUGUUGGGUCAUUUUCAGAAAGAUUUUGAAGGCGGGGUUUCGGCAGAGAAUUUGGGGGCUAAAUUUGGUGGAUAUGGUUCAUUUUUACCUACCUAUCAGCGGUCUCAACCAAAGAGUCCACACAGAGUUCAGAAUCAUAGCAUUCCAAGAUCUCCCAACAAUUUGCCCGUGGAGGGCGCCCCCCAGAAUUCCACAGCACUGUCAGAUGCACCCUUAUCUAAGAGGCUUGACACUGCUACCCACAGUUUGCAGUCAUUGCAUACUGCAAGGGUCGCAUCUGGGGAUGUUUCAGCCAUACAAGUUCCUUGCUUGUCUUCUGGUCAAGUUGCUGACAAGUUAUGCAUGAAAUUUGAACCUUCUUCAAAUAAGUCAAUUUAUCCAACUAACCAGAGAACACUAAAGGUUCGAAUCAAAGUUGGUUCUGAUAACAAAGUGCCGAAAAAUGCGGCAAUUUAUAGUGGUCUCGGGCUUAUUUCUCCAUCAUCGUCAACGGGGAACAGCCAGGAGGAAAGUGGUGGGAUAAUAUUAGAAUCUCAAGAGCAAAGUGAAUCUCCCACCAGUAUUCUUCAGAUUAUGACAUCUUCACCUGUUCCUGGGAGCCUACUGCUUUCGCCUCUCCAUGACAGUGUGCUUUGCUUGAUAAGGAAGGACAAACUUCCACAGAACAGUAAGCCUGUGCCUGCCCUCAAAAGCAGUCAAGAGCUUUCUACCGUGUUAGUCAAUGGAGUCAACGGUUCACCUUUCAUGACGAGGGAUGGGAGAGUGUCAAAAGAGAAGAAAGCAAAGUUGGCGAAGAAGAAGGAAAUUUUGGUAGAAUUGAAACCUGGGAAUGGUAUUGUUUUUGAGGAUAAUAUGACCGCCGUUGUGAAGAAUAAUACAGAAAAUGAAACAGUGGAAAAUGAGCAGUGUUUCUCCAGUGACAUGAAACUCCAGCCUCUAUCCAAUUCAACAUGUGAUGUUGGGGACAUGGUCAAAGGUGGUUUUACUGCAGCCGAAGCUUCCUGGGAGGCUGAGAAGGGUGUCUUGGUGAAGGAAAGUAAGGCUGAUAAGGAUGGAAUGGAAGACGGAUUAUCAUAUACUGAUUCUGGGAAGGAAGAGUCCUUGGAGUCAAUAUCUGGCCAACAUGGUAAGUAUGAGAAGCAAGAAGCUAGGGGUAAUUGGGUGGAGAAAACCGGAGAUCACAGAAUGAGAAGUUCCCAUAGGAAUGUUUCAAUUGAUGAUGACCGGAGCAAAUCUAGCAAAAUUUAUAGCCCAUUUAAAGCUGGGUCUGAUGUUUCUAGGUGCAAGGAAGAUCCUAAUGUUUGGACCAUGAAUCAUCUUAAAGCAAAGGUUGUUCAGAAGUCUACUUCCCAUGAACAAGAUGAAAGAAUGCCUCGUGGUAGGAAGUCGGCAUUUGAGGGCAACAGGAAGUCAAAGGGAAGCCAAAGUAAUGCUAAGGUGGCUUCUGAUUUGGCAGAGCAAAGCUUGAUGGUUGGAGUUUCUGUAGUGUCAAGUGACAAGAAGAAAGCUAGUAAAAUGCAUAAUUUAAAUUUAAAGUCACAAAAGGAUAUUUACAAGGCACAUGAUAAACAUAGAGAUGUGUUAGAGGACACAAGACGAGAGCAAAUGGGUAAUCAAAUGGAUCGAUUUCAGAGGUGUACUGGUGAGAGUGGAAAGGACUCUGAAGGUGGGGCUGUUGAUAAAGAGCUACGUGCUUCCUCUGAAAAAUUGAAAGGGAGAUCAAGUUAUAAGAAAGCUGAUAACCAGCUGACAUCUGAGACAUUCCUGAAAGAGGAUGGAAACGAUUACCCUCCUACCAGUGGGGGACUUGCUUCUGAGUUGGAACCAACUUUGGCACCUUCUGUAGUUAUUCAAGAAAAUUGGGUCUGUUGUGACCGAUGCCAGACGUGGCGUCUUCUACCAUUUGGUACGAAGCCUGAGCAACUUCCUGAGAAGUGGUUGUGUAGCAUGCUUAACUGGCUGCCUGGAAUGAAUCGAUGUGAUAUCAGCGAGGAAGAGACAACAAGAGCUCUCAAUGCAUUGUACCAACUUCCGCUUCCUGGAAGUCAUAAUGGCCUUCAAAAUCAUGCUGAUAAAAUUGUAACUGGAGGAAAUUCAGCUGAAGUUCAGCAUUUUGACCACAACCACAAGAAUCCCAAUUCACAUGCCGUACCUAAACGAGGAAAGAAGAAACAGGUUUCAAAAGAAACACCCAACAUGGCUAGUAAUGGUGGCCAGAUUCAGCUUUCCAACUUAAAAAAGAACCCACAACAAGAGGCAGUGAAAAGCAGAAGCAUUAAUGACAUGAACAACUCUAGUGUUCAGCAUUUGAGCAAGUCUUGCAACUUUGCUGUGGAAAAAAAUAAUAUUAAACAGAAAGAGAAGCAUGAGAAUGGAGCUGAUGUGACAAGGAAAAAGCCAAAAAGCAAGAGAGAGGCUGAACAGUAUGCAUACGGGGCUAGAAAGAAAAUCAAGACCGAAGGUGCAGUUGAUACCAAUAAGUAUUGGAAUUCGAAACAUGAUGAGUACCUUGUUAAGGCGGAUUUCAGUUCGAGUGUUGAAUUGCCAAAUAAGGUAGCUGGUACGAGUAUGCAGAAACACAAUGGAGAUUAUUAUUCUAAGGAUGCAAAGUGUGACACCAAGAACAUAUUACAAAUUUCUGUAAACAAACCGGGAGACAGUGUUCAGAUCUCUCGGGAUACUGGGUCCUUGGAUAUGAAAAGUUUCAAUGGAAGGGAAAUGUCUUUGAAGAAAAGAAAAUUGGACUGGCAUGAUAGUCAGAAAUAUUUAGAGACAUUGCAAAGUAGUGGGAAGCAUCUGCCAGACAUCAAGUUCUCUGCAAAAGAGGAGCCUGUUGAUGGUGAAUUCAGAAAGGAAAAGAAAUACAGGGUGUCUAGAACUGAGGAGGAGUCCAGUACAAGUAAGGAUGAUGACAGAUCAACCCGAAAAGGAAGGAUCACCAGAAUCCUCUUGUCAGGUAGUAGAGAUAAUGCAGUUCAUGGUAUGGAAGAAAUUAGGAGUAUGGAGAGGGAUCAGCAGCCAGGGAAACAUAGAUCAAAAGUGGCAUCUAGACCAACCUUGGAUGAUGUAGAUUCUUUGAAAAGGGAUUUGGGGUCUGAACAAUUUUCAACGGCGGCCACUUCAAGCUCUUCUAAGGUUUCAGAUUCUCGUAAAAACAGGGCGAAUUUCCGGGAAGCGAAUGGCUCACCAGCAGAGUCAGUUUCCUCAUCUCCCUCGAGGACUUCCAAUCUAGACAAGCUUUCACCAGCCAGAGGGGACAUUGUAGGGACAAAUGAUGUUAGAACUGAUGAUUUUCCUAUGGUGGCUAACUCAAUAAAAUCCAUGAGUGGGGAAGAUAAUGUUGAGAGCAAUAAACCUCAGACUGCAAGGAAGAAGAAAGUCUCUGGAGUCUUUCAUCCUGAGCUUCUUGGAUUUCCUGCUCUAGAUUUUCGGGACAAUAAUGUUAGUCACAAAUUCAUUGGUAAAUCUAAAUUCAGUGUUAAACCUCCUGAAGUUGAGAAUAUACAUUUGGUUAACACUGAUGCAGAUACCUUGGAACAAAAAAUUUCAUGUCCUCGCAAUCUGCAUACUUCAGACCAUUUUAAUAAUACAUUAUUUCCGCGAUCAGUAAACGGUUCCUCUUUGCAGACUGAGGAGAAGGACAUAAGUUCUGGUUCCAAUUUUGGAAGAGUUAAGGUGAAGGUCUCUGAUCCAUCAUAUGUUCAGGAAGGAUUGAGCUCAAAGCAGAAGCUGCAGGGUGAGGCAGUGAUUGGCCCCCACCAUCGUGCAUCAUACCCUGAAGAAAGGAGUGAUAUGAAGUGUAGUAUUAAGUCCAUUAAAGAUGAUAACAGUUUUGGUAAGAAAGGUUCUGGAAAAUGGGCAUAUGACAGCAAAAGCAAAAAUCAGUUGAAAUUUAGAGAAAAUGAUGGUUCAGAUGUGAAAUUGGGUGCUCUAAGCAGGGCAGGCGGAUCAGUUUCCUCACAGCAGAACCUGAUUCAGGAUUUUGAGGGUGAAAUUACAAAGAAAAACAAUUUAAUCCAAGUAGAGUCAAGGGGCGGGAAGUCACAAGUGUUCCCACGUCAUGCAGGUAAACAAGAAACAAUGGCUCGUGUUCAACCAGUAUCUGGAUUGCAGAACAAAAUUGAAUUUGAUGUACUUUCGGUUGAUGCUUCUGGCAAUGGUGAUGUGUCAAAGGUGUCAAAACAGGCUGGAAAACCUGUAAACCAGAAAAGUUUGGGAAAUCUCGUGUCUAAUCGGUGGGAGGUCAGGGAUGUCAAUGCUUCAAGUCCUCAAAGAUGGAAUGCCUCUGGACAUACUGCCAGUAAUGCCCUGAAAGAAGCUGAAGAUCUCAGAGAGUAUGCUGAUCAACUUAAGAUCUCUGGGUUUGAUUUUGAAUGCAAUGAGGCAUACUUCCAAGCUGCAUUAAAGUUUCUUCAUUGUGCAUUGCUUCUAGAAACCUGCAAUAGUGAUAAUUAUAAACACGGGGAGAUGUCUCCAAUGCAAAUCUAUAAUAGUACUGCCAAACUCUGCGAAAUUUGUGCCCAUGAAUAUGAGAAGCGUCAAGAAAUGGCUGCCGCUGCUUUGGCCUAUAAAUGCAUGGAGGUGGCAUACAUGAAGGUUGUUUAUUGCAAACAUUCCAGUACAAGUAGAGAUAGACAUGAACUGCAAGCCAGUUUACAGGUGGUUCCUCAAGGAGAAUCUCCAUCAUCUUCUGCAUCAGAUGUUGAUAACUUGAACAAUCAAGCAAUGGUGGAUAAAGCUGGUCUAUCCAAGGGCAUUGGUUCUCAUGCUGGAAACCAUUUUAUCAGUGCUCGAAACCGUCCCAACUUUGUUCGGCUCCUUGAUUUCACAAAGGAUGUAAAUUCUGCAAUGGAGGCUUCUAGGAAUUCCCAGAAUGCUUUUGCCGCUGCUAAUGUUAUUCUGGAAGAUGGUCAGAAUAAAGAGGGCAUUGUUUCUGUUAAGAGGGUUAUUGACUUUGGCUUCCAAGACGUGGAGGAACUCAUACGUUUGGUGAAGCUUGCAACUGGGGCCAUCAGCCGCCAAGGUUUUAGUGGCAGUAAAAAUUAAGUGAAACCUUGUAUAUAUUGAGCUUGUUCCGUUUAUUUACCUGGCGGAAAGAAGGAUGAUAAGGGGACAGAAGCGCAUUGGACUUGCACCUGGAAUCUUGCGAAGAGACUGGACAAUAACAGCUCAUUACCUUUCUGUACAUGUGUACAAAAUGAGAUUGAUUUGAAAUAUUCAUAAUGUAUUAGUAACGUUCAGCUUAUUUUUGACGCGAUAAGAGGGCAUUGCAUGCUCACCCUUACAUUUAAUGGGGUUGGGAGGGAUUGUGUAAAUCUUCUAGUUGUUUGGUGGACUUGGAGGUAAUGUGAGAGUGCAGUUUUAAAUUUUUUAGGCUCGAUUAAUUUGGAGCCGGAGGAAGAUAGUAUUAUAGAGAUUAGGAACUUUAGGCAACAUAGCUGAGGAGGUUGAAUUUUGAUGUAGUUCUGAGUUAUGACUGGUCCAUUCUUAUAAAGGACUUCAUGUUUGUUACCAUGUUGUUCAUCUUAUUUGGAAUAGAAAGCCAAGUUUUUUGGGAA